AUGGUAGGGACCCCGACGGGCGUUCUGCAAUACUUGGAUAGUCUGCGACAGCAACAGCAUCGGUUUGAUAUGCAAUUGUUUUUGGAAAUGCUGAUCGUCGAUGAGGCGGACCUUCUGUUUGCUUUUGGCUUCGAGAAGGAUACCAAAAGACUUCUUCAGCUCUUACCAUCAACAGCAGCGGGUCACUACCAAACCAUCUUAGUCUCUGCAACCCAAAACCAAGAGCUUUCCCAGCUACAGAAUUUGAUGCUGCACAAGCCGUUGAUUAUACGAAUUGAGGAGGAAGAGGGAACACCGGGAGGUACCGGUGGAGCGAACCCCAUUGGCGAGUUCUAUUUUCAAGUCCCAUCAGAAGCAGAGAAGUGGCUGGUGGCGUAUGCAUUUCUUCGUCUCGGUCUUGUUCCUCUGAAGUGCCUAGUUUUUUGCAAAGACGUUUCGAAUGUGUACGCAUUGCGCCUCUUCCUUGACCGAUUUGGAAUUGCCAGCGGCGUCUUAAGUCCUACUUUACCAAUAGCGGCUCGCGAGCAACAGAUUCAGGCGUUCAAUCAAGGCCUUAUCGAUAUUCUGAUUACGAAUGACGGACAAUACAUGGAGGAAGACAACCCUCAAACAGAACCAGAUGACCCUGAAUCUGCUGAGGCUUCUACUAAGGAGGCGGAGUUCGCUGGACAUAGAGGUCUCGACCUGCAGGGCGUCGCUUGCGUUUUUAAUUUCGAUGCGCCGAACUCUUUGAAGUCGUAUAUUCACAGAGUUGAGGAUGUGAGGCGAGGCAUCACCAAACGUGCCAUUGCCGCGGCUGUUGCACGAGACUUGCAGCAGCAGUUGCUGAAUUCAAGAAAGCUUAAGGAGUUUUUUGAAAGGAAUCCUAGGGAUAGAGAAGUGCUGAAGAGGGCAUGCAAACAGCUCAAGGAGAUGAACGUUUCUAAGGGCACAUUGGGGCACUUGCCUGACUAUCUUCUUUCUCAGACGCGUCCAACACAAGUAUACGCAGGAAUAUUAUUAUCGUUUGCUCUCUGUAUCAUUGCUGCCUCAGAUGACAGCCAUCCAACUCGCGAUCCAACAGCAAACAGCUGGAACGGCAGCUACGAAAGGGUCUCAUGGUCCCGGAGCGCUCCCACGGGUAAGAGAAAGGCAAAGAGGCGAGAGAUUAUAACUCGGCAGUCGCAACUGAAUAAAAUGCCAAAGCACCCAGAUGAGCUGGCUCCAGAAUGUUUGCCUGCAACAUCUGGAAGAAAGCUCUGGAAGCUGAGGCACAACAAGCGCGUCGGUGUGAAGGACCCGAAAGGUAACUUUCUCAGAAAGAGAAGCACCAAGGGCCUUCGCAAGAAGUGA